GGCACUCCUAUUUCAUGGAAGAGUCUUUUGUUUAGUCCAUAGUCCGUAGUCCAUUCCCCCACUCCCACCGCCGCACGGGGGUUCUUCAGCUUCUCCCCCUCUCUCUCUUCUUAUUAUGCGUCUUCGAGUUCUCAAGUCCAAAACCAAAACCAAAACCAAAACCAAAACCCUUCGAAGGCAUCGUCCUCGUCUCAAAUCUUGGCCCAUUACUUUCUCCCCUUUCGCUCGUGCUCUCUCUCGCUUUCUCUCUCUUUCUAUGCCGAGGCUCAAAACAACACACUCUCCAAACCCCCUUCGUUAUCCUCUCAAACCCCAACACUCCGAUUCUUCCGAUGACGAAUUUGGCGGAGUUGUCCAAGCGGAUUUUUCCUUCUUCGAUCCCAAACCUAAUGAUUUUCAUGGAGUGAAGACCUUGCUGCAAACUUACCUCGACGAUCUAGAAUGGGAUUUGAGUGGCUUUGUAGAAUUGAUUUUGGGACAGACCACUGUAGGCACUGUUGUUAAGAUAGAAGAUGAUGAGGAUGAAGGGCUUUUUGCUCUUGUUACUGCUCUUAAUUUAUGCAGAUAUAAGGAGCAUAACUGUAUUGUCGCACUCAAGGAUUUUCUCCUCCUUAAGGCACGCCAAGAGGAGGGUGUUGGGGAUCAAUUGAGAUUGCUUUUGGGAGAACAAGCGUGUGAUGUAGGUCUUCUGGUAUCACAGCGCGUUGUGAACCUUCCUCCACAGCUUUUGCCGCAUCUUUAUGGUGCCCUUUUUGAUGAAGUGUCGUGGGCAACGGAAGAUGAGCCGACGGAGGAACUUCGGAAUUCCUUCAAGUUUAAGCAUUACAUAUUGCUUAGCAAAAUUUACAUGCACAAGAAUGUAGAGCAGAAAAGAAUACCGAUCAAUGAUAAUGAGGAGGCAAUAAUUUAUAUGAAGCCUGAGGAUGAAAUUUUUCACAAGUUAAGCUCGUGGUCCUUCUUUUUUCCAUUGAAAACUCAGCAGCAUGCACCUCAUGAGAUGAGAAAUUACAGGCCCACGGGAUUAGUCAUGGCUGUUGAGGCAGACAAAAUUCCAUCAUUUCGCCAAGAAUUAGCUUCUUUAAUUAAUGAAACCUGAAAGGCGCCGAAAAGGUUCCUGAGAAAAUAUAGUACACAAUCUUGAUACUUUUCCGAAGCUUAGCAUGUAUUUUAAUGUCGUCUGAUUUUUAUUUAUUUUUUUGCGAGUGUUUGAGCUGCCAAAUUUUGUUUGAACUAUUGGCAAGAUAUUGAAGCAAUUUUCCCCCUCCUGCGUUAGUUCG